AUGUAUUCCCAAUCAUCAUCAGCCUCCAUCCCUCGGGGUGACAACGAAUACAGCAAGCAGGACGCGUCGCCUACCCUGGAUACCCUUGUUUCCUAUCUUAUCGUAGCCAAACGCGGCUUAUCCUCUUAUCACUAUGUCUGGAGGGCCAACGAGAUCGUCACGGACGCCCGCACCGCCCUGGAAGAUAGCGUCGUCGCCUCGUCACGGACCACCUUUCUGCGCCGUGGCCUGAAUAGCCAGCUCCGCAUGCUUUACAAGGUCCGAUCUGAGGUGGCAGAGAUAUCCCGACGGGGUCGAAGUGAAUUUACGGAUGCGAUCCAUAGUCUGGAUACCGCCGAUGCCCGCCUUCGAAGUACUAUUAACCUCCUGAAGGAGACAUUUGUGCAUGCGUCCUUCAGGCCGAAAGACGAGGAGCCAAAGAGUCUGUAUGGCUUCCUAGAUGAGCGCGGUGUGGAGGAGUUGAAUACCGCGAUGAAGGACUCCAUCGACCGUACGAAUACCGCCCGGCGCGAUCUGGAUACUUCGAAUCAGGAGUUUGAUGAUGAGCUCGAUUCUACUCGGCAGGCACUCCAUCAGUACCGUUCAGCCACCAAGUUGGCCUCCUCUCGGGCCUCAGCAUCCUCUUCAUCAUCCUCAGCGUCCGAAUCCGAUCUUCAGGCCGUGUCACUCAUGCCCGGCAUGCUCCAAUCACUAGAAGAACAUGCGCGUAAAAUGGCAAGGAACUUGGAAUCUCUUGUUAACCACUUCGAUCUCUGUGUCAAGGUGCUCAAGCAUACAGAAGGCGGUGGUGCUGCUGCCCGGUCGAUUACGGGUGACAUUACCGAAGAUGUCAAUGCCGGAAAUGUCCUGAACAUCGAAGAAACAUUGGACGCACCUCAGGCCCCCAUCUCGGCUAAAGAGUACCGUGACAUGCUAGAGGUCAUUGUGAAUGACACGCCAGUGGCAGAGGACGUGGUAGUAGAGCUUCAAGAUCGUAUCAACGAUAUGGAGUCCAUUUUUGAGCAGGUCAUUGUACAACGGGAUUCAAUCUUCGCCAUCUCAGACGCUACUGUCGUCAUCCAUCGUCACCUUUCGAAACUUGCAUCAACACGUCUACCUCGCUUCAUUGCGCAAGCGCAUAACUUCACGCGCGUCUGGAAUGAAGAACAUGAGCGCAUCAACUCGGGCCUGACGGAGCUAUCCGACCUUCAUGCUCUGUACGAAGGAUUCCUCAAUGCAUAUGACAGCUUGAUUCUGGAGGUCACUCGCCGAGCCCACGUUCGAAAGCGCGUGGAUAAGAUUUUGCAUGAUACCCAACACAAGUUGACACAACUUUACGAACACGAUGUCGCCUCUCGGGAAGCUUUUCGUGUCGAACAAGGCGAUUUCUUGCCCUCGGACAUCUGGCCUGGGAUUGGCCGGGCGCCGAUGCAGGUGAAAUUCCUCCGUCUUUCGGGUGGCCAACUCGAAGGCGCUCUCACGGCUGAGGAGAACACUAAAGACCGAGGGGUCGACACUAGUGCUGAUGCCCAAAUCACCACUCCUGAAGAUCUCGCUGAAGGUGAAGUCAUCCCAUCUCUCCCGAAGGAUAUCAUUGAAAGAGCGUAUGCGCGAGUCAAGGCAAGAACGCGCGAUCUUGUGAAGGAAUAA